AUGUUGGACACUUUGAGACGUCUUGGGAUGAAGACAGAUGAAAAUAACAUCACUGCUAAUGAUGCCCUUCAUGUGGCCAAGCACAUUGCAAUGUUGCAGGUGCAGUCUCUGCAAAAGGCUUCAGAAAAAGCAGAGGCCCUGACGAAACUUUUGAAUGACACCCACGUGCUUUCAAAGUUCUCGGUUCAACAGCUUAGAUUAGAUCUUAGCUCCUAUAUCAAAAAGGUACCAGAAGAAUUUCUGGUGUACAGAGACUUGCUAACUGAGUUUGGAGUGAGAGCAUCAGUGUCAGAUGAAGAAAUUGAGGGGAUGCUGCAUAGCAUGAAACAUCACAUUGACAGAAAAUUGCCAUCUUAUGGAACUCAGUCUGAACUGAAAGUAGCCAUUGCCAUUCUGAACUGGAUGAGGAAAGGGCAGAAAAGCAUUAAGGACAAUCUCCCCAUACCAGUCAUGGUAGAAAAUGGACUAUUUAACCUGCAGAAAUUAUCUUCCACUGUGUUUUGUGACAUCUCCAGGGAUGGUUUGGAAGACCUCAGGAAAGACGAGGAGGAGUUCUAUGUAAUACAUGGAGAGAUACCAGGAGCUACAGUUGACUGGUUGAAAAUUCCCUCCCUCAGCACUCGAAUCCUAAACCCAGAAUUCAUUGGCAUAGAGCAAUGUGGCCAGACAGAACCCAUAACCCUAAGGAUCAAAAACAUACUGAAAGAGUAUGAUGAGGAAAAGGACCUCUUCAAAGAGCUUAUACAGAAUGCAGAAGAUGCUCGCGCAACCACAUUGACAACAAACUACCAGAAUGUAUCUGAUGUCAGCUACUGGCUUGUGAAUUCCUGCUUUGGAAUGCAAACAUCAUUAGACAUGUUCCAGAAAGAAAGUAAACAGAGGUUUCCUUUGCCAGUCGGAAGCAUUGCCGUGCCUCUUCAAAAAGAUCCAAAAGGGGGAAACUGGUUAGCUGAAAAGCAUGAUUCAGUUGGCCAGGUGUUCUGUUUCCUCCCACUCUCGAUUCAGUCUGGUCUUCCAGUUCAUAUCAAUGGAUUCUUUGCUGUGACGUCUAACAGGAAGGGCCUUUGGGAUACUGGAGUGAAACAUGAAUGGAACAAGGCUUUGCUUCAAGAUGCGGUCACAGGGUCAUACAUUUUCACACUUUCUGUGUUGAAGGAAAUGUCAAAAAAGGGAGAACUCCAGGGGUACCACUACUACAUGUUCUGGCCUGACAAAAAGAAAGUGAGCACAUCUUUUCAAUCUCUCACUGUUGCUUUUUACUCUGCCAUUGCUCACAAUGUUUCUGGCAAGGCUCCUGAACUCUUCAGUGAUGGGAAAAGCUGGUGCUCUAUUGAGAAGGCCAGAUUUUUACACCAAAAUAUAGAACAGAACAAGAAAGUGGGAAAGAUUGCAAUGAAAGAGUUCAUGGCAAAUCAAGGGAAACCUUACCUCGCUAUUCCCCUUCCAGAUUGGGUGAGAUAUAACUUCAGCCAGACAGGCUUUAGCAAAAUUGUUGCGGCAAGGACAUUGGACUGGGCUGAAUUCUAUAAAGACAUAGUAUUUAGCAACCUGAGUUCCAUGGAUCCUCAGAGCAGGGAUGCUCUUGUACUGCAUGCCAUUGACAUGAAUGACAAAGCAAUAGAUGACCUCCUGAAAAGCCACCCUUGCAUCCCAGCCAUUGGUUGUGAAGAGCUUCAGUUCAUUAGGAGGCUUGUGAACCCUUCAGGAAAAGUAGCCUGUCUGUAUGAUCCAGAAGAAGGACGCUUUCUUGAAGGAACAGCUGAGGAUUUUUGCACUCCAAAACGAAUCCAGCGGUUGUCAGAACUUGGAAUGUUGAGUGAUUUUCUUUCACUGGAGGACAUCAAAGAGAGAGCAGAAACUAUUAGCAGGAUUUGGCAAACAAAUGCAAAGGAAGCAUACAAGCGUGUUAGGCGAAUCUUGGAUCUAACAAGAGAACACUUAAAUGAUGGGACUUCUCCUCAUUGGAAUUCACUGAGAAACACUGCCUUCAUUCCAGCCUGUCCACCAAAAACCCCUGAGCAUGACAAAAGUACUGGUAGUCCACUUGCAAAGCCCACUGAAGUGUACAGUUCCAGUUGUCGAUAUCUGGUAAACAUGACACAAACUACAGUAGACCAAGCAGUUCUGGAAUCACACCAUGUCCCAGUCCUCUGUAAAUUGGGGGUUCUUGAAAAUCCACCCCUCCUGACAGUGCUUCAGCAGCUAGAGAAUGCACAGCUACAUUUCAAUGCAUUGGAUGGAGAUAUGCAUUCCAACAUUGCUUAUGAAUGCUAUGGCUACUUGGAUGAAUUGACAAAGGAACAGACUCAGUCAGGGGUCAUUUUUGAGACGGCUCAAUCAUUUCCAUUUGUCCUAAUUGAGGGCAAAUUUGUGAAUGUGAAAUCUGUGGCUAGGACAGAAAGCUUUGAAGCUAAACCAUACCUCUACUGCCUUCCAGAUGUCUUCUCUAAAUUCAGAAACCUUUGGCAAUGUGUUGGGCUUCAGGAGUAUUUCACUUCAGAUCUGUUAUUGGGGGUUCUUCAGGAAUUGAGUACUAAAUAUCACUGCAGACCACUUUCCAAGUGUGAUCUUAACCUCAGUCUCAGAAUUGCAAACAGAUUGUAUGAAGCAGAAGAUAAUAAACCACAAGACUGUCCCUUGCCUGAUCAAAAUGGUGUGUUAUGUCCCUCACACAAGCUCUGCUACAAUGACAGCCCUUGGAUGCCAGUCUCAAAAGAUGUCACUUUGUGUCAUGAAUUACUUCCUCGGAGUAUUGUACUUCACUUUGGGGUUAAAACAACAAGACACAACACUCUGCAAAAUCACCGUGUUGCAGGCUUUUCACCCAUGGUCAAAGAGUUUGGACAACAUGAGAAACUGACAGUCCGGAUUAAGAACAUCAUACAAGCUUACCCAUCGAAGAAGGAUAUUCUGAAAGAGCUCAUACAAAAUGCUGAUGAUGCUCAGGCCACAGAGAUUCACUUUGUUUGGGACAAAAGGAAGCACAACACCAAAAAAACCUUUGGUGAUACAUGGAAUCUACUGCAAGGUCCAGCGUUGUGUGUGUACAACAACAAGGUGUUUUCAGAUGCAGAUCUGGAGGGAAUUCAACGACUAGGAGAAGGUGGAAAACAUGGGGUGCAAGGAAAAACUGGAAAGUAUGGCCUGGGGUUUAACUCAGUUUACCAUCUGACUGACUGUCCUUCAAUUCUGACAGGAGACAAAUGGCUCUGCAUUUCUGACCCAAAUCUGCAAUAUAUACAAGAUGGAACCAAGCUAUUACCAGGUUGUAUGUAUUCACUAGAAAAGGAAUUCAAAGACUCUUUCAGUGAUGUGUAUGACACAUUCCUUCCCUCAAAUUUCAAACUUGAGGAAGGGACUAUGUUUAGGUUACCACUAAGGACAGAAAAAAUGUCUGAAAUGUCGCAGAUAUCAAAGAGCACAAUAGACGAUUUGGAUAUAGAAGAACUUUCAAGUGCAUUUAAGGAAGAUCCUGAAGGACUGAUCCUCUUUUUGAGGCACAUUAGGAAAAUACAGUUUCAUGAAAUAUGCACACUUGAUGGCCAGAUGAAAACCACAAUCUCAGCAGAGAUAAAGCUCUCCAGAGAAUGUGAUGAGAAGAAAGUUCAUUUUCAAAAUCAUAUUCAAAAGUCACUAGAUUCAGGUGGGCCAAUUGAAUCACUGCAAACCAUCUACAAAAUGGAUAUUUCGUCAUCCAUCAAAAAGCACAGUGAGUGGAUUGUGGCAGAGCAGUUUGGCUUCAUGAAUGAAAACACUGAUGAGCAGUCUAGCCGAAGAGUUCCUCAGGCUGCUGUGGCAGCUUGUUUGAAAUCAGAAACUAAUUUACAGCCGUUUACUGGUAGGGUCUUCUGUUCCCUCCCUUUACCAAGCAGCACUGGACUUCCAGUGCACAUCAAUGGAAACUUUGAGGUGGACUCUUCCAGAAGGGACCUGUGGAAAGAAGAUGGUAAGAGCAGUAAGUCCGAUUGGAAUGAAUCCCUGAAGUUAGACAUCAUUGCCCCCUUGUAUGCUGACCUUUUAAACAACAUGUGUGCCUCCGGUAAGAAAAUCAGGUCUUCUCUAAAUUACCUGCGGCUAGGCUUGGAUGACUUUUUUCUAAGCUUUUUUCCUGAAGUUACAGACCGUGUCGGACAUGAGUGGCAGGGAAUGGUCGAUGCAGUGUUCAAGUCAAUCAAUGAAAGGGAUCUCUGUGUAAUUCCCAUUCUAAGCAGUUCAAAUCAGAAGUCCAAAAAAAUGUACACUGUCACCUGGACUAGUGUCAACAAAGGAGAACCAACCGAUGCACCUCAUUUCAUUCUGAACCACAGUGACAGUUCAAAUUCCAUUUUGCUGCAUCUCGGUAUGGACACAUUCUCAGAGAGCUUUGUUAAUACCUUAGAAGACAUUGGUAUGAAUCUAGUCCCAUUCUCAUAUCGAAUGAUUAAAAUAUAUGCCAGUUUCAACAGAGCACAUGUCAAAGUAAGGUCAGUCAGUCCAAUGACAGUAAUAAACUUCCUGAAGAGGAAACCGUUGAAUGAUCCAGCAAUGACAGAAAAUGAUUUACCCCUGCCUAUUAGCCGUACUUUGAUCAAAGACAAACGCAGAUGUAAAAAGCUUCUGAAUUACUGCUUGAAGGACAUUGAUAAGAACAACUGCAACACCAUGUGUGGUCUGCCUCUUCUCCUUACUCAAGAUCAGAUGCUGAGGUAUUUUCAUACUGACUCCCCAAGGCUCUUUACAGAAUUCUGUGAACUGUUUCAAGGACACAAGGCAGACUUUGCUGAUUAUGAAGUCAAUGGAAUGCACAUUGGUGCUCUUCAGCAAGGUAACUUUCUCAAGGCAAUGACCAUCCCUACCUCAGCAAUGUAUCUGAAACCCAUUCUUGAGGGCCUCCUUCAGAACUGUAAAGUUGAUCCGGAAUGCAAGCUGUAUGUUCCAGGAAAGAUAGUGAGCAAAUGGCUCCAGCAGCUUUGGGAUUUCUUUAAGGAUCAAAUUAAAUCAGCUGAGGUGAAAGACAGUAAGGACAACCAGGCCUUUCUUGACAUCAAGGAACUGUUUAGUGAUUCUCCAGUUGUUCCAGUAAUAUGCUCAAGUCAAAAUGGCAAACGUUUUCUGAAAACAAUGGGGACACUUUGCAAUGUUGUCUCCAAUCCAAUAUUUUCAUCAAUGGUGCAUGAAAUACUGUGCAAACUUGGAUUCAUGACUUUAGACUCAUGUGUUUUCUCAAAUAUUGAGCUUUCACAGCAUGUUACUCCAGAACUGUUAGAUCCAAAUGACAGCAGUGCUGUUCUAGAGCAACUCUGUCUGUCGCAGCAGACUCUGUUUAAACGGAUUGCUGAUACAGACUUGGAUGAUCUUCUACACUUCUUUCAGGCAGGACUAUGCUCUAGACAAAAUACUCAAGACUACAAAAGAAAGCUCAGGUCACUUCCACUGUUUGAAACUAUACAAGGGAGGCGGCAAUGUAUUGAUGGGCAUAGGAAUGUGUUCAUCUUGAAUACACACUUAAAACAAAGCUUUCCAGAUUUGUACGCCAUUGACAAGAACACACUUUUUCUCAAAAACAGUACUGUGAAUUUAUUGCUGUCAAAAAAAUUGGACAUCACAGUCCUGGAUGAUCUAGGGUACUAUGUAAAGUUCAUCCUACCCUCUGUGUGCACAUUCAAUGAUACCCUGAUUCUCAAUGCAUUCCUGAUGCUUCUGGAAAUAAGACGAUAUCCAGACUUUGAUGAUUACAAAGAUACAAUUAUCUCCACAAUGAAAUGUGUCCGAUUCAUCUGGGAUGUCUUUGGGAAUCUUCAGAUGGCCUCAUACUUCUAUGAUGAUAAGCAAAAGCUUUAUCAGGUCAUGCUCCCAAAAGAGCGGUUUGUUCCAGAAGAGUUUUGGAAAAUCAUUGGAUGUGAACAGACAAUUUUCAGGACUGUUGAACUGUUGAAGGAACUAGGACUAAAACAUGUUGUGUCAGAUGAUGAAAUGAUUGAGUUUGCACACAAAAUUGAAUCUGACACCAAAGGGAAUAUGUCCCUGGAGAGGCUGAAACAAAAAUCUGAAUGUUUAUUUGAAAGCCUUUUAAAUAGGGACAACACAAACUCAGAUAUUUUGAAAAGAAUAUCGACCAUAAAAUUUGUUGUUCCACUUGAAAUUCAGCAAGACCUCUGUGAGUAUCACCAGCCUUUUGCUGGAAAGAGGGAAUUUGUGGCAAUUAAAGGUUCUCUCAUUGAGAAAGACCCACUCAACCAAUUUCUGAUUUGGACCUCAGUGCCAAUAUUGCCUUCAGGAAAAUGUGUUUCGAAGCAAAUAAAUAUUUUAAAGGAGGCAGGAGCACUUGAUGAGCCUUACCCGCAGCAUGUAACUGGAAACCUGAUGAACAUCUGCCAAGCUGCAUGCAGUACCACUGAAAACGUUAACACCAGAGCUAAAGUUUUUCGUCAGUCCUAUGGAUUUCUCCAGGCUGUGGAUUUCAAUGCCCAACCUCUGAUUGAUCUCCCUGUGGUACUGGUUGAAAAAGAUGCUGAACUUGUAAAGCCCAAACAAACAGUUAUGAUACUUCAUAAUCACACCAAGUUCAGACCCUAUUUAUUCAAACUACCUCCAGAUCUUGUUAAAUAUGAAGAAUUCUUUAAGAAGAUAGGUGUCAGAGAUAGAGCAUCUACCCAGCAGUACAGCACUAUUCUCCAGGAUAUUUAUCGGGACUGCAUCGGCAAAAAAGAAAUGAAUCCAAACCAGAAAGAAACAUGCAGAUGGACUGUUCAACAGCUUUUCCACCUUAUCGAGACUGGAAAAGAAAACUCACUGGAGAUUGCUCAGCCACUUUAUCUUCCAGCAAGAGAUGGUAGAUUGUAUGAAUCAAGUUGUCUUUAUUUUAAUGACACUUAUUUCUCGGUUAGCAGGUUUGAGCAUUCUGUAAAAAAGAAACUAAAACUGCUUGGAAGAGUUCAGAAAUCCGAGGUUCAAAAUCAUUGGCAUGAUGCCUAUGCAUUUCAGAAACUGCUACAGCGGUUACCCAACAGUGUUCGUCCAAAAAUGUUGUCUGAAGUUACUACCCAGGCUUUAGUGGAAUCCAGCAUGCAUCCUUGUGAAUAUGGGGAAUGCUGUGAAUUCAGUGGUUGGUUCAAGAACCGAUUGACUUCUGGCUCCUUUAAACAUGGCCUUGUCUGCCUCCUAAGGGAACAGAGCUGUGGUUCCUUAUCUCAAAGUGAUGUUGAUGCCAUGUGCCAGAACUUCCAAAGAAUGAAGUUAAUCUGCUGUGAGUACCUUGAAACAAUCAUUCUUCUGCAUCAAGAGCCAUUGGACAACACAACAGAUGAAACACAGAUUUAUGUGAAGUGGGAACAAGAGAGUUGCACAUUUUAUCUAAAACACAGUGAUAGCAUGAGCCCAAAAGUAAUGAUGAAUGUUGCGAAAGGUCUAGCCAAUGAAAUCAAUGCCCUUUUAAAAAAUUCUCUGAAUGUAAAGUCACUCUCAGUUCUUGAGGAACUGCUGAUGUGUGAAAACAUGGAAGAUGUACAGAGAUUAUUAGAGAAAAAUAAAAUCCGUAACAUUGCAAAUACAGACUAUGGACAAAGUAGAUUGCCAGACCCCGGGACUCUCAUUCCUGAGGAGUGGAUCGAUGUCCUUGACAUGAAUUUUCUCAAUAACUUUGAAAUGGAAGAAUACGUUGGGUUCAGGAAUCCAUCAUCUGAGUAUGUCUAUGCAGUUGUUAUGGAGCGGGUGAACAUGCCAUCAAACCAAGGAGGGCCGUGUUCCCAGAAAUACAAAAUUAAAAUUGGGGAACAAGAGAUAAUUGAAGUAAGCGCUCUUGAUCUGUAUCAGUUCAAAAGGGGAAAAAGGUCUCCCUCAACUGGUGGGAGCUGCAUGUCUCUUGUUCCGUCACAGGGUUCAGGGCAGUCUGACCCACCACCUGUCCUACCACAGUCCAUGGAGGAGGUGCAAAGUGAAAUUGACAAAUUCCUUCAGGAGAUCUGGACACUGCCAGAGGAGGAGAGGCGUAAAGGUAUCCGACGUCUGUAUCUCAGGUGGCAUCCAGACAAAAACCCAGAUUGCCUUGACCUUGCCACUGAAGCCUGCAAAUAUUUGCAAAAGAAGAUUGAGGAACUAGAAAGGGGGGGAAGGGGGGGACACAACCAUUCCAGACCUGGUCAAGGAGACUCUCAAUGGAGUUCAGCCUUCAGAGACUUCUUCCGGGAGUGGGACCAGGAAGCCUCUCGGCAUCGGAGGGGACGGGAGGGAUUUAGCCAACGCUAUUCUUCCAGAGAACACAACUUCUGGACAUUCCAUGAGGGUAGAAGACCAAACCCAGAGGAAGCUCGGCGCUGGCAGAGGCAGGCAAAGUGUGACCUCACUGCAGCCUACAAUGACGCUGGGGGAACAUCCACAGAGUGGUGUUUAUUCAAAGUGCACCAAGCUGUGGAGAAAUCCCUUUUUGGAGCAGAGUACAAGAACACUGGGCAUCAUCCCACCGACCAAACCAUUACCAGCCUUGCCCGGAAACUGUCGCGAGUCAGUCCCAAACUGAACACUUUGCCUAACAUGGUGUACACGUUGAAGCAGCUGGGCGUGGAUGCCAAGAAAACCCAGUAUCCAAACUACCAUACUUCACCGGGUAUUCCCAAUGACCAAUUCAACUCUUGGAAUUUAACAGAGGUGCUGGACUUGUCAUCUGAGAUCUUAACUAAAAUAGAUUCCUACAUUCAUGAAUGAAUUCAGGUUAUGUAAAUAUGAGACAAAACAGUUGUGACAGAAGAAACACAGCUUUAUGUGAAGUGGGAACAAGAGGGUUGCACAUUCUAUUUAAAACACAAUGAAGACAUGACCAAAAGACUGAUCUUUAAUACUGGGAAAGGUUCAACCAAAGAAAUCAGUGCCCUUCUAGAAAAUGCUCUGAAAGCAAAGUCACUCCCAGUUCUUCAGGAACUAGUGAUGGAAGAUGCAGACAAAACGUGAGAGGCAAAUAGAAUCCGUAACAUUGCAAAUACAGACUAUCAACAAUAUAGAUUGCCAGACCCAGGGCACCCCAGGAGUGCAUCGGUUUCCUUUCAUGAAUUUUCUCAAUAACGUUGAAAUGGAAGAAUAAGUUGGCUUCAGGAAUCCAUUAUCUGAGUAUGUCUGUGCAGUUGUUAUGGAGUGAGGGAACAUGCCAUCAAACCAAGGAGUGCUGUGUUCCCAGAAAUACAAAAUUAAAAUUGGGAGAGAUCAAGAGAUCAUUGAAAUAAGAGACAAAACAGUUUGUUUGCUAUUAUGUUUCAAGAAAUAUUUUUAUGUCAUUUUCUUUUUUUAUACACUUUACACUUUAUAUACUGUACCCUACAUAUUUGACUGCAUUCAGCACCAGUUAUUUUUGAAAUUGACAAUUAUCUUGGGUUAUUGACUGUAUUGAUGUUUGUGAAUGAAAAUGAAAAUUGAGAACAAUGGUUUGUUUGCUAGUAGUUCACUAAAAUUGAGAAACAUUCAUGUAUUUGUUUAAAGAUUAUCUUAUGCCUUUAAUUAAUCAAUAAAAUAGAAAAAACCUGAAA